CAGCUCUAAACAAAACGGAGGCUGAAAAUCUGACUGAAAAUCAGAUUUCCUCAUUGUGGCUUUUGAAUAAUUAAAAAACACAAAAGAAAAUCAAUUUCAGAUAUGUAAACAUAUGCGUUUAGUCAAUGAAUAGUGUUUUUGAGUCUUUUUGUGUGUGUUACAGCUAUACAUGCUGGAAAACGUACGCCAUUAUGGAACAGCGUCCCGCGGAUUGGAGAGCCCUGGUCUAGCGGUUUCUGUGGCAACCAAAAAGAACCCGCCUUUGGGUGUAUGUGACUGGCGGUUUUUAUCACAUGUUCGAUUCUGAUUGGUCCGCAAAGCCGCCACUCACUUUAAGUUAUUUUGACCGAAGCGUCUCGGAGAUCUUGAACGGUGAAGUAGAGUAUAGAGAGACUGGGAGAUAAAUAUAGCAGGAAGAUAAAGAGACCAGAUAUACCGUGAUUUCUUUGUUGCUGAUGGAAGAAGAGGCGACCUGUGAUGAGACGGUAAGCUAAGAGGAUAACCCAAAUCUUCCAUCAUGAAUCCUGCUCAAAUCUCAUUUAUCAGAGUGAAUGAAGAGAAAGUAAUCUCCAAGUCAGAGCUGUUAUCCAUUUUGAAAACCUAUAACUGCUACCAUGAAGGAAGGAGUUUUCAGCUUCGUCUCCGAGAGGAAGGGGGCGAGUUGAUCAUGGAGGGUUUACUCAACAUCUCCUGGGGCUUGAGGAGGCCAAUCAGACUGCAGAUGCAGGAUGACCAUGAGCGCUUUCACUUUGCCAAUGCAGGAUUAUGGAGGCCAGAGAGCCCAGGGAGAGACCAUAGAAAUGAAAACCAAAAGAGUCCCACUCAGUUUUCAUUUGAGUCCAACAACAAUGAAGUUACUGUUCCAGCAAAAACCAGCGUUGAUGGUCUUAGCUCAGAAGAGGAAACCCCUCAACUUCCAAGAACGAGAAGUGAUGCCAGUUUCAUGAACGUCCAAAGGCGGGUCAAGCAACGAUCCUCAGGAGACUUACAAAGGGUUAAAAGGCAUCGCUUUUCCAUCAAUGGACACUUUUACAACCACAAGACAUCAAUCUUCACCCCAGCUUAUGGAUCAGUAACUAAUGUUCGUGUGAGCAGCACAGUGACAUCACUACAAGUCCUCAGUCUGCUACUGAAUAAAUUUCGGGUGAAAAAUAAAGCAGAUGAAUUUGCCCUUUAUUUCGUCCAUGAAUCAGGAGAAAGGACGAAGAUUAAAGACGGUGAAUAUCCCUUGGUGUCACGUGUGCUACAUGGCCCAUGUGAAAAAAUUGCCAGACUUUUCAUUAUGGAAAAGGAUCUGGGUGAAGAGGUUCCUUAUGAUGUUGCACAGUACAUAAAGUUUGAGAUGCCUGUGUUGAAUAGCUUUGUAACAAAACUGAGGGAAGAAGAGGAGAGAGAAAUUUCAAAACUGACAGAAAAGUAUGGUGUAUUGAAAUCGAUGAUGCUACAGCAGCUAAAGGAUAUUUCAGAAAGUACAGACUGUGUGUGAGAAGAUACCUUUACUUGAUUUUGACUGAGAACAUAGUAGAUGCAAUAAGAUUUAUACAUAGUGUUUGCAAGUACCAAUAACUGAUUUCACAUAGAAAACUCAGGAGUGACAAAAUGCCAGAUGCUACUGUCAAAAUACUUUAUAAAGCACUUAAGUAUUUUUAAAUGCUGUUUUUUUUAGAUAGUGACCCUUACUGAAUGACGUAUCAUGACUUUACACUGAAUGCAUUUGGUUGAACGUAAUACACUUUUAUUGUUGUUGUUUUUUUGUUUUGUUUUUUAGAAUAUAUAAUUAAAAGAAACUCAGAUGCUGAGUCUAACUGUU